CCUGGGCCCCCCGCAGCCACAGCAGCUCGCCCCCGACUUCCCGCUGGCCCACUCCGUGCAGUCGCAGCCGGGCCUCACUGCCCACAUGGCCCCGGCCCACCAGCACAGCGGCGCCCUGCACCAGUCGCUGACCCCGCUGCCCACCCUGCAGUUCCAGGACGUCACAGGUCCCUCCUUCCUACCUCAGGCCCUGCACCAGCAAUACCUCCUGCAGCAGCAGCUCCUGGAAGCCCAGCACCGCAGGCGGAGUCAGGAGCGUGUGUCUGUCCACCCCCACCGCCUCCACCCCAGUUUUGACUUCGGCCACCAACUACAGACCCCUCAGCCCAGGUAUUUGGCUGAGGGCACUGACUGGGAUCUCAGCGUGGACGCUGGUUUGAGUCCUGCUCAGUUCCAGGUGCGGCCCAUCCCUCAGCACUAUCAGCAUUACCUAGCGACUCCUCGAAUGCACCAUUUUCCUAGGAACUCCUCCUCCACACAGAUGGUCGUCCAUGAAAUCCGAAACUACCCUUACCCUCAGCUUCACUUCCUUGCUCUCCAAGGACUUAAUCCCAGCAGACACACCUCCGCUGUACGGGAGAGCUAUGAGGAGCUGCUUCAGCUUGAGGACAGGCUGGGAAAUGUGACUCGGGGAGCUGUGCAGAACACCAUUGAGAGGUUCACCUUCCCCCACAAGUACAAGAAGCGAAGACCCCAGGAUGGCAAGGGUAAGAAGGAUGAAGGGGAAGAGUCUGACACCGAUGAGAAAUGCACAAUUUGUUUGUCUAUGCUGGAAGAUGGAGAAGAUGUGAGACGCCUGCCCUGUAUGCAUCUUUUCCACCAACUGUGUGUGGACCAGUGGCUUGCCAUGAGCAAGAAAUGCCCCAUCUGCCGAGUGGACAUUGAGACACAGCUGGGAGCCGACAGCUGAGGGAGGAGUUAGCCAGUGGACACCCCAUUUCCUUCACCAGGUCCCCCCACGGCCAUAGCCCUUGCAGCCAAACUUUGCCUUCUGAGCCAUUUGACGUAGAGGAGAAGCCUGCAAGCACAUUUUGUGGAAAGAGGAGUCAGUGGUAUCAGUGUCUGAGGGAAGGAGUGGGUGGGGGAGGACCCACCCAUCCAGAUGGUGACUUCCCCAUCCACCUUGCUCGCAGGAGGGAGGGAGCUGGCCGUGCCCGGAGCAGGGGUGGGAAGGGGGGGCCCACGCCGCUGAGAACUAGAUGCGAUCCCGAGGCACUAGCGGAUAGACGGCCCCUCAAUCCUGACCUUCGAAGGAUUGUAUAUAUACCUCUGGACCAAGUAGAAACCAUGUAGGGGUCUCUAGCUAUUUCUGUGGAUGGCAGCCAGAGCAUGUUAGCUUAAGAAAAACGUCGUGUGUGGUGCUCUAGUCAUCUUGUGGUGGACAUGUCGCUAUUACCGAACUUGCACCAAAUAUUUCUCAUUGAGUUUCUUGUUUUGGUGCCUGACUGAACCAACCAACAACAGCCCCAGUUUUCCCGUCUUUAUGAGAGAGAGAGAGAAAAAAAAAAAAGGAAUCAAAG